AUGGGCCCCGACGACCUCUCCCCCGCCGCCGCCGCCGCCGCCGCAGGCGCCGACGGCGAGCCCGCCCCGUUCUCCUUCAGCAUCUGGCCGCCGACGCAGCGGACGCGGGACGCCGUGGUGCGGCGCCUCGUGGACACGCUCGCGGGGGACACGCUCCUCUGCAAGCGCUACGGGGCCGUCCCGCCCGCCGACGCCGACCCGGCGGCCCGCGCCAUCGAGGCCGAGGCCUUCGACGCCGCCGCCGUCACCGGCGGCGCCGCCGCCUCCGUCGAGGAGGGCAUCGAGGCGCUGCAGCUCUACUCCAAGGAGGUCAGCCGCCGCCUCCUCGACUUCGUCAAGUCCCGCUCCGCCGCCGCCGCCAAGCCCGCCGACCACCCGCCCAAGGACGCCGUCAAGGACGAGCCGGCCGAGGAGGCCGCCGCCUGA